CUUUCCUAUAACACGUGACUCUCGGCACUCUUAGCGCGGCCAAGCGGCGACCUCCCCUGGGCCCUUGGCCUUAGCCCUAUGGAGACCAGCCAAUGGAUUUCUGGAAACCGGGAAAACCUUCUCCUGGGAAUCUCAACCAUUGAGAAAAAGUGCCAUGCCCCUAGAAUUAUCUACUAGACCUGGUGCGCUGCCGAAACUCAGUACGCCAUGCAGCUCAGAUCACGUUCUUGGAUGUUAGUCCUCAUCUUUACUCUCAAUAUCCUAGCCUGUGAAGCUGGAUGGGUUAGCAAGUUUCAAUGCGAUUCGUCUGAGUUACGUGACCCAUGGGAUACCCCAUUCCGAGUCGACAGCCUCCAUGGUAAAUUUGAGAGCCCGACAAUAUUCUCAUUGUCAAUACUGGCGAUCCACAACACAACAUACUUUACAUGUAGCGAUCUCGACCUAUCGUUGCUUGAGACUUCCUUUCGCUUCCAUGUGCUCGGUAUCCCAGUUGGGCAUAUGGAAAGCUUUCACAGCAAAUGCCCUCUACCGAUCACUGAGACCCUAACACCUCCGGAAGGCACACUUUUCUCAAAUUAUGAGUUCUUGUACUCUUUUGGAAAUGCCCAUCGGCUCCAAACUGUCGUUGCAGAGAUUAGUUUCAGGACACAAGAUGGCGCCCAGCUUGAUUGUGUGGCAGCUAAGAUCACCCCGGAGAUCGGCACGGCAGCCUCUGUGAUAUUCACGUAUCUCCCUGCUGUUGUGAUGGCCCUGGUUGGCGUCGCUUCAUGGAAGACACAUGCAAAUGACUCACUGAGAUGGGUUUCGUUGAUUGAAAGCAGGGCCACCUGGUCUAUUCUGGGCCCAAUGUGGGAAAUUAUUUCCGAUCUAGCUGGCUAUUUACAGUAUCUGCAGUUCAUCUUUCUGGCUGGCUCGCUUAGUUUGAAGUACCCUGGAUUCUAUCAACCGAUAGUUAGCCAAGCGGCUUGGUCUUCGCUUCUAUAUUGGAUGGGCCCUAUCGAUCAUGGUUUUACAUAUCCUGGAGUGGACGAUGGCAUGUAUGUCACUAAUGGGUCUUACGGGCUCGAGUACAUGUCUCAAACGCUUGGCUUUCCUCAGAUGCCGGAUAUCACAAUUGAUUCAUUUAUCAACCUCUCAAUUCUCAUCUUCGCUGUCGUUAUCAUUUCUUUGAUCCUGUGUCUGAUAAUGUCACGACUCAAUAGGGGUUUCCACCUGAGUUCAGUCACAUGGAACGCGGGUUGCAUUAUUAUAGGCAUGGCCCUGUCGUUCUCUAGUGUUCCUCUGCUAUCCUACUUGUCCUACGAGUUAAUUCUCAUUGGAUAUCUGCCUAACUACCGCAUCAUUCUAGUCGGAUUGUCGAUCACAUUUCUUCUUUUUUCGAAUUUUCUCAUCACUCGCCAUGUUCAGCGUCAAAAGGAGCUCAACGAUAGCUCGUCUCCGGACUUUUCCCAGGGUGCCAGAUCAGCCGGAUCUUCAAUGAAGCCUCGACAGUAUCUGUCGCAGUAUCUGCCAGCUGCAAUACCACUAUUACAAGGAAUUGUGAUUGGUGGAUUGCAAGACUGGGGCUUGGUGCAAUCUUCAUCUUCUGGUCCAGAGAACCGAACUAUGGGGAUUAUGUUGAAUAGGAUGGGAGAAAAUCGACAGAAAAGGGACUUGACUAGACUAUCCGAUUCCGGUAGUUCAGAAUCCUCAAGGAGAUCUGGUUUGCCUUUCAAUACCUCUGAAAAUUCAACGAGCUCUUUCCCUUCAACACCAACCCACGAAAGAUAUCACAUUACAGAUUUCUCUGCCUUCUAUAGGCAACCACGACAUCACUACAAGGAUCCACCAAACCAAUCAUCUGCCCUCAAUAACUCGCAUGAAGAACCCGCUGAAAAUCUAUGCAGUGAUUCUCAUCCAUCAAAUUCAUUCCAGGAUUCGUUUGACGAGCUUAUGGAAGCGCCUAUCAGACCCAACGUUGACUACUCCAUAAGAGAGUCCGAUUUGUUCUAUGGGAAAUUAGGCAACGGCUCCGCCUCGCCAGUACCAAUAUCGCAAGCGCUGCCGGAAGAAAGCCAAGAAAGUCAAAACACCCUACGCGAGUGGGCAGUCAGGGCUGCAAAGACAUUAAACCCACCUAAGAAGAAGAAAGAAAAGGGAUUUCAAGUUAUGAGACCGCCGCGACAGAAUUGA